AGUUUUUAAAAAGGAAUCUCACUUAUUUUAUAGUUAGUUUUCUAUUUGAUUUUUAUUAAAUAAUUUCUUGUAGUUGUAGGAUUUUAUAAUUCGUUUUUAUUUAAUUAUUUUUUUUUAAAAAUAAAUAUUUUCUCUUAUAAUAUCUUUCUUUAGUAUCUUUAAAAUGAAAAUUAUAUAAAAAAAUUUAAAAAGAAAUAAAAUACUUUCAAAUAGCUUUUCACAAUUAUUCUAUGUUUAUAGAACUUUCAAAAAUUAAAUUUACUAUCAAAUAUUUUUGAAAGAUUAUAAAAAGAGCCAUACAAAUAUAAGUGUAAAAGGCUAUGUGAUAGUAAUUUUUCUUUUCUUAACUCCUAAAAAGAAUAAUAAACUAUAUUUUGUAAUAAUUAUUCUUUUAUAGCGUCCAAAAAAUGUAAUAAUAAUUUUCUUUUUCUAAAUUUUUUAAAUCCUAAUAAAAGAGAAUUGUAACAUAUUUUUGACACAUGUCACAAUCUUAAUAAAUUAAUUGACACUUGUCGCAAUCAUAUUAGUUAGCAACUUUGAAAAACCAAGCCUUAUAUAAUAAGAUAGAAGUAUACAUUAAAGCAAAUCCAUAUGUAUAAUAGUGUUUAUCUAUUUUAGAGGCAAAUAUAUAAGAGAAAAUAGUAGUGGGUUGGAGAUGAUUUAAUUGAUUAGAAAACAAUGUCAAAAACUCAUAUAGACAAUGUUUUAAAUAUGAAUAGACAUUAUUUGCAAAAUGAUUUGCAUGUCAUCACCACAUUCAUUCUUAAUAAGAAAAAUAACAUGAUUUUUUUGAGAAUUAUAACAUGGCAUUAAUCUAAUUAUGACUUGUACAAUUUUCCAAAUCAAACUUUAUAUUUUUGACAAUGUUUUUAAUAUGGUAAUGAUUUAUAACUCUAAUAUCAUUAUUAAUGUAAACUUUUUGUAAAUAUAUUUUUAGCAAAAAAAUUGAAAUAUAUUAAUGACUGAUAACUCAUAUAUCACCAUUAAAUUAUUACAAUUUUGUUUAAAUGUAUCUGUUAAUAAUUUAGAUAUUAAUUUUUACCAGUUUAACGUAUAUUAACUAUUUUAACCAAAAAGCUAAUUUUUUUAGAAUUUAUAUAUUUAAAUAAAGUAUAUUUAAAACUAAAUAAUAAGAGAAAUAUUUAUAAUAAAUAUUCAUUAAAUAUAACAAAUAUAAAAAUAAUUUUAACUUUACUAAAAUUUAAAUAAAAUCAAACUAAAAUAGUUAAACCUAAUGAAAAACAAGAAUACAAAAAUAAAUUUAAGAUUUUUUUCUAAACCAGUGAAGUUAAAAUAUAUAAAAAUAAUAUUAGAAUGUAAAAUAAUUUUAAAAUAAAGUAAAAUAAUAGUAUAUUUAAAAUUAUUAUAUUUGCACAUGAUGGAGAAAAACCCUUAGGUGAGAUAACACACUAGUAUAAGAAAAAAGAAUGUUGCCGUCAGACCUAAUUAAUAAAAUAGAAUAUCGUUAUUCGUUACUAUUUCCUAGCUGUUAAUGCUAACUCGUUUACUAUCUGGAUUUGUGUCAAAUUGUAUAAAACGGUAUGGUAGUUGAGAGGGUCCGAAUGGUAACCGCGGUUUUGCUAAUAAAAACGGUACGAAAUUGAAGUGUGGUACGGUCUAACUGCGGUUUGGUUUGCGGGAUAAAUGCGGUUUUGAUAAAAUUAACGGUGCGGAUUUGUGUUUGAUUGGUGAAAAUAUAAUUUGCGGAAUUGAAAAUUUUACUGUGCAUAAUAUAGCACAUUUGUGGUUUUCAAAAAAGAAUUAUUUACUGUGCAUAAUGGUUCAAAGUUAUUUAUUAUUUACUGUGUAUAAGGGUUAUUUUUAUAUGUGCUAGUAGUUAAGAUUUUAUUCUAAUACAACAAAUCAACAGAAUGUAUAUUAAUGUAUUUCAAAUAUUUUAUGAAUAUAUAAAAAAUACAAUAGGAGAGAAGUGCGUUUUUUAUUCAAAUACGCUGGUUUGUUACGGCGGGUGCGUUUUUCAUAAAAUGUACGUUAUCCAAUAAACAAUUUUAUCAUUUGCGGUUUUACUCUUUUUCUCUUUCUAAUACCGCACUUUUACAAAAUGAUUUAUGAAUGGUGAUCAAAAGGCGUUUUUGAGAAUACCAUUCACGCACUAAGUUUUGUAGAAAUUACAUAUUCAGUAUUCCCAUACAGGGUAGUAUAUUGCUACGUGUAUAUUUAUGAAACGGUGAAAGAAAAAUAAGAACGGUAAAAAAUAUUAAAAUAGUAUGGCUUAAAGGCCAUUAAGGCCAUAAGAAAUCGUCGACGUCUUUUUUACUCAUUCGAGUCAAUUAUUAAAAUUUUAACGAACGAGAGAGUGGAAAUAUUUUUUAUAAACGUAUUUUAUCUAUUUAUUUAAGAAGAAGAAGAAGAACAUGUCCAUCCUUUAUAUCAAUGACCUUAGAGAAAAAAACACCAUUGCUCCCACUUAGAGAGAGAGAGAAAGAAAGAAAGAGAGUUCUUCACAGGCUCAUAGCAACUAGAGAAAGGAUCCAAAGGGAUCGCAUUGAUCCUAAUUAAGCUGAAUUUAUUCCCAAAUAAUUGUUAUAUUUUUCUCAAUCUAAAGAAAAAGUCCCAAAAAUCUGCUUCGUUUUCAGGAUCAUGCGAUCUAUUUGGAUUCAUCCUUUGGUUGCUUCCAUUUUGGUCAACGUGUUUCACUGCCAUGGUAAGUGGGUCGAUCCAUGUCAUUGAUACAAGUGAGGCUAAGAACCGUAAAGUCGUUGCAAUGAAACAGUUCGAUCUCGAAGUCCCUGAGACCGCUCACAAGAUUAGCAGCGAUUCAUGGUUUCAGGUAUCAUUCGUUUUGACAACGAGUAUAAACAGCGCCUAUGUGUUGGGAUAUUCCGGGACAGUCAUGGUUCCUUUGGGUUGGAUUGGUGGUGUGGUUGGUCUCCUUCUCGCUACAGCAAUCUCCCUUUACGCAAACUCUCUUAUCGCCAACCUUCAUGAGUUUGGUGGUAAAAGACACAUUCGUUACAGAGAUCUCGCUGGCUUCAUAUACGGUAAAAAGAUGUACCGUGUUACAUGGGGAUUGCAAUAUGUAAAUCUUUUCAUGAUUAACUGCGGCUUCAUCAUACUUGCUGGUUCAGCCUUAAAGGCUGUCUAUGUACUUUUCAGAGAUGACAGUGUAAUGAAACUACCUCACUUUAUCGCCAUUGCUGGUGUUGUCUGCGCGAUUUUCGCAGUCGGUAUACCUUAUUUAUCUGCUCUUGGAAUCUGGCUAGGAGUAUCAACAAUCCUCAGCAUGAUCUACAUUGUUGUUGCAAUAGUCCUAUCAGUUAAAGAUGGAGUAAACAAACCUUCAAGAGACUAUACCAUACAAGGAUCAUCAGUAGACAAGAUCUUUACCAUAACCGGAGCAGCAGCAAGUCUAGUUUUCGCAUUCAACACGGGAAUGCUGCCUGAAAUACAAGCCACAGUGAAGCAACCAGUGGUUAAAAACAUGAUGAAGGCUCUGUAUCUUCAAUUCACUGCUGGUGCAUUACCUUUGUAUGCCGUUACGUUCAUUGGUUAUUGGGCUUACGGGUCCUCCACCUCGACUUAUCUGAUGGACAGUGUCAGUGGACCUCUCUGGGUCAAAGCUCUCGCUAACAUCUCAGCUUUUCUUCAGUCCGUUAUCUCUUUGCACAUAUUUGCAAGUCCGACUUAUGAGUUUAUGGAUACAAAGUAUGGAACCAAAGGAGGAAGUCCAUUAGCAUUGAAGAAUAUCUUGUUUAGAACAGCAACAAGAGGAAGCUACAUUGCUGUGAGCACUCUUCUCUCUGCGCUUUUGCCGUUUCUUGGAGAUUUCAUGAGCCUCACGGGAGCGAUAAGCACGUUCCCUCUGACGUUUAUACUAGCAAAUCACAUGUAUCUUGUAGCUAUGGACAGUGAGCUUAGUUCCGUUCAAAAGCUAUGGCAUUGGCUUAAUGUUUGUUUCUUUGGGUUAAUGUCUCUUGCGUCUGCUAUUGCUGCUGUUAGACUCAUAUCUGUUGACUCCAAGAACUUUCAUGUUUUUGCUGAUGUUUGAAUGUCUUGUAUCAUUUGUUUAAUGUUGUAAUCUUUUGUAACAAAAAAUAAAAUCAUAAUCCUAUUUAUUAUUACUUGUAGUCUCUCUUUACAAACGCAAUUAGACAUUUUAUA